AUGGCGAAUCUUGGCAGGGCGAGACUCAGGUCCAAGGAAUCCCCGGCGCCAGAUUGGCUCUCUCCGCCCGUGAAAAAGCGGAAACGAUCCAAGACAGGGCGUCGAGAUGUGUGCGUCAAUGUUUCAAAGGAUAUUUCAGCCAUCAGCAAAGCGAAGCAUGCCAAUAACGACACCGAGUUCCGGUCAGUUGUGACAGAGGCUGAGCUCGUGCUCGGACCUUUUGAGCCCGUCUGA